UGGAGAAGUUCCACCUCCAGGGACCGCCACCAUGAUCUGGUCUCUUAUAGUUAGCAUGUAUGCCAUUGGGGGACUCUUUGGUGCUAUCAGUGUCAGAUACAUGUCAGGCAUGUUUGGAAGAAAAAAGGUGAUGAUCUGCAACAGCUUUGUUGCCAUUGUUGCAGCAGGAUUCAUGUUGACAAGUAAAAGGCUCAAAUCGUUUGAGAUGGUCAUUGUAGGAAGAUUUCUCAAUGGAAUCUCUUCAGGUCUGGGUGGAACCAUUCAUAUAAUGUAUCUUGGGGAAAUUUCACCCAGGAAGAUAAGAGGCUUAGUGACACUGACUUACACAACUUUUUUGUCCUUUGGUAAAGUGUCUGGACAGUUUUUUGGGUUAAGUGAAAUCCUUGGUCGUGAGGAGUUGUGGGAACUGAUCCUAUGUGUCCCUGCAGUUUUCGCUGUGCUACAAGUUCUAUUGCUGCCUUUUUUCCCAGAAGCUCCCAGAUACUUAUUCAUAGAGAAAAGUGAUGAUGUGGCGUGCAAAAAAGCUCUGCAGACUUUGUGGGGCUCAGGUGACUACAAAAUGGAGAUGGAUGAGAUGUUGGUGGAGCAGGCGGCCCUUGAAGUCGCCCCUCCAAAAAGUCUGGCGCAACUUCUGAGGAACAGGAGUGUGAGAUGGCAGCUCGUCACCAUGUCCUUUAUCUACUGCUGUAACAUGAUGUCAGGCAUGGCUGUGAUCAGCACUUUUGCCUUUGACAUCUUCUUGAACUCAGGUAUUCCAAGAGACAAGAUCCGAUACGUCACUCUGGGUCUCGGGGUGUCGGAAAUUGUCACCUCCAUCUUUUGUGGUCUGCUGAUCGAACACAUAGGGCGGAGGCCGUUGUUCUUUUGUGGUUAUGGAGUCAUGUCUGCCUCCUGGGUGUUGGUCACUGUCACUAUGAACCUAAAGGACUUCAUUUGGUGGGCUCCAUAUUGUACCAUGGCUUUGAUCAUCGUCUUCAUCAUUUUCUUUGGUGGAGGACCUGGGGGAGCUACGAACACGCUCAACACGGAGAUCUUCAUCCAGUCGGAUCGGAUGGCAUCGCUCGUCAUCAUGGGAAUCAUGCGCUGGUCACUGUUCGCCACACUGGGAAUGAUCUUCCCUUUCCUCCUCGAUGCCUUUGGUUCGUACUGCUUCGUGCUGUUUGCCUGUGUGUGCCUGCUGGGCUGCAUUUAUACCUUUUUCUUGGUGCCUGAGACUAAAGGGAAAACCCUGCUGGAGAUCUCAGAGGAGUUUCAAAGAAUCACAGUCUGUGGGAAAUCCUUUGCAGAGGAAAAGAAAGUGGAGACAAGGUUAUGA